GUUCACAAUAUACAAUAGGAGAGAGGAUUGAGUGUUCACAUUGCUACAACAUUCUUAUCUUUUGAUUUCUUCUAUAAAAGUUUGUUACUUGCUGAUGCCUUUCCUUGGCACCAGGCCGUGUAAACAAAAAAUAAUUCUUUAAGGUGAAACAAAGCUAAAAAGAUUCUUUUAAGCAUCUCUUACUUGUUUAGGAAACCACACACCAUCUUCCAAUGUCAUGCUGAUCAAGAGCUUAUUCAUUCUUUCCCUUUUCCACACAUUAAAAACAUUUCUUUUUGGAAUUGGUUUUAUUCAUUGAUGUCAUCUAGUUUCUCAUAACGGUAUAUAUAUACAUAGUCUUCCCAUUCUUGUCAUCAUCUAGUUACUGAACCAUCUCGAGGGACAAUGUCAGGCUAUGCGAAGAGCAAAGUUGUUGAUGAAGCUUGUGCAAUUCACCAACCAAAAGAGAGUGAUACCAUUGGUAACAUCAUCAUCUAUACCCUUCUAGCGCUUUGCAUUCUGCUCAGCCUCUUCAUCAUCAUCGGUCUCUUUGUCAUAGCCAAGCCACUUGAAGCAAGCUUGGCAUCUGUGGCUGUGAAAAGCCUCAGGUACAAUGAUACGCCAUCAUCAUCCUCGCCUUAUUUCAACGCAACACUAGCUAUGGAGAUCAGAAUUGAGAAUCCGAACUUCGGAUUCUUUGAGUUUCCAACUAGUAAAGGAGAUAUCAUGUACAACGGUCGUGUUGUUGGUGAGAUGAAGAUUGAUGGACAGCGAGUGGGUGCAUAUAGUGCCAUAAGAACAGAGGUUGUGACACAAGUGAGUUAUAGAGAGGAUCAUGCACCAUCUGUUUGGUUCAAGAAUGAUAUAAAGAGAGGGUUGAUCAUCCUCAAGAUUGGAGCUAAACUGAGAGGUGAAGUGCACUUGGAGGUUUUGAACAAGAGAAGUGUAGAUUUGAAGUGUUUGAUGUAUCUAAAUCUGAUAGAUGAAAUGGUUCCACGUUUGUGGUGUAAAUGAAAACCUCCCAUAGUUUUUUAGUUUUCCAAUUUUUCUUUUUCACCUUUUUUUACUUCUUUUGUUAACUUGUAUUAAGAUGUUUUUUUCUUGCUUAAUAGUAGUAGAAUAUUAAAUGGUUAUUGUCUAGACUCUAGUCUCUAGCUUGUUAUUUAAAGAAAGAUUAAAAUUGAUUUACAAUCAAUAUAUACAUUUUGUCACUACAAUUCA